UUAAAUAAUUUAAUAAAACACUGGUUCAAACACAUGUGAAAAAUGGGGAAGAAGAAUAAGGAUUCGUUAGGUCGCGCUCUCAUCAAAGACAGAUUUUCCAAGAAUCGACACAAAAAACAUGUUGAAGACACAAUGCUUCACACAACAGAGAUCAAUGAUGGCUACGACUGGGGUCGGCUGAACCUGCAGUCGGUAACAGCCGAGUCUUCACUGCAAGAGUUCUUGUCUACUGCAGAGCUGGCGCAAAGGGAGUUCACAGCUGAGAAGAUGAACCUGAAAUAUGUGAAGUCUGUGCCGAGUGAGGUGGAGGCAGCCACUUCCCAGCCUAACUUUGAUGAGCCACUCACAGUGCCUAGAAGGCCAGCUUGGAGUCCAGGCAUAACUGCGGAGGAGCAGAUCAACCGGGAAAGAGAAUCUUUCCUGGACUGGCGUCACCACCUCAAUGACUUACAGGCGAAGCUAGGAGCCGCGCUGACACCAUAUGAACGUAACAUAGAGCUAUGGAAGCAACUCUGGCGGACGCUCGAGAAAGCAGACGUUGUGCUCAUACUACUAGACGCCAGAAACCCGCUGCUGUUCAGGUGUGCCGACUUGGAGAAGUACGCAAGUGAGCAGAAAUGCAAAUGUAUCUUACUUCUGAACAAGGCCGAUUUGACCACAGAGUAUGAAAGGAAAGCGUGGGCAGAGUAUUUCGGCAAAGAGAAUGUUCCUAUAAUAUUUUUCUCCGCCGCGAAAGAAACAAACAAAGACAGAAGAAUCUCCGAAGAGAGCGAAACAGAAAAACCAAACUCGGACUCCGACACAGAGUCAGCCGAUUCAGACGAUGAAAAAGAAGCCUUAAGAUCCACGGAAGAAGAUAUAGAAUUGUUCAAAAAGCAGAUCCAAGAUCUCGAUAGCGCCGUUUCUAGUACUGCUGAUAGAUUGAGCAAGAUACAAGAUAGUUUAGACAUGGUUCUAGAGAGUCUGCGAUUAGGGACGCCGAUAGAACCUUUGCAAAGUGAGGAUACUACAGAUACUGAAAAGAGGGUGGAGAAUUCAUAUGAGAUUUUUGAUAGAAAUCGGCUGUUGGAGGUAUUGAAACAGCAGGAAUUGGGGUAUUUGAAGGACCCGCCUAGGGUUACUGUUGGUAUGAUAGGUUAUCCGAAUGUGGGGAAAUCUAGUACUGUCAAUGUGCUGAUGCAGACUAAGAAGGUGAGCGUGAGCUCAAUGCCCGGCCACACGCGGCACAUCCAGAGCUUGGUGCUGGACGGAGACCUGCAAGUGCUGGACUGUCCCGGCCUGGUGCUGCCUGCAUACGCCGUGGCUCCAGACUUGUUGCUGACGGCUGUCCUGCCUAUAGACCAGAUGCGGGCUCACGACGCGGCGAUGGCGCGGCUCUGCCAACUUGUUGGCAAACAUGUGUUCGAGCAGAAAUACGGGCUUUUGCUGCCACAAGACGAUGGCGACCUCAACUACAAGCAGAUACUUACUGCACAUGCAUUUAACCGCGGCUUUAUGACCGCGGCGGGUCAACCAGACCAAUCGCGUUCAGCGCGUCUGCUACUAAAAGACGCUGCUGCGGGUCGGCUCCGUUGGGCCUGCCUCCCGCCCGGCACCGCACCGGCUCCUGUAGAGGAACUACUCAAGGAUACCAAGAGGAAACCUACACCGAGGGAAACCAGGGCGGUUGAGGGUUGGGUGAGCAAAUCCGCCGAGAUCGACAAGGCGUUUUUCGCGAUGAACAAAACUGCGGCUCACAUCAAAGGAAAACCGAUUAUGGGCAUCGUCGGAGCGAAGUCAGCCGAGCAGAUGAUCAGCAAACCUUGGAAGUUAGAGAAGAAACACGCCAAUAAGAACAAGAGAGAGAAACUUAGGCGUGUCUAUGCGCAUCUUGACGAACAUUAGAGGGAGAAAGAGCACCAUCCAAAAUAUUAACUGAACUUGAACCUUAUUGCAACGAUAUAAGGUCCACCGAAGCUAAGGUACUUUUAGUUGACAACCAAAACUCACUGGU